AUGAUGGUAUAUGUAGGAUCGGUGAUAGUUUUGGAUAUAGCAGACGAUACACGCCCAAUUAGAUUUAAAUUUCUUUCUUUCUUUCUUUCUUUCUUUCUUUCUUUCUUUCUUUCUUUUCCCACUAUCCUCUUUUUAUAUCAUUUUCCCCUUCUUUUUUUCUUGUUCUGGUUAUCCUUCUUUUUUGUACCAUCUUCUCUCUUUCUUUUACUUUCUCGUCCAACCUUCUUUUUAUACUUCUUUCUUUCUUUUUUCUCACUUGAUCUACUUUUUUUUACUUUUUCCUCUUCUUUUUUUUUCUCUCUUUGCUCGAUCCUUCUUUUUAUCCUAUCUUCAUUCAUUCAUUCAUUCUUCCUUCCUUUUUACAACGCCUAUCUUCCCUUACUUCAUCUCCUUCUUUUAAAUUCUCUCUCUAUCAUUCUCACCUUAUCAAUAUCUAUCUAUCUAUCUAUCUAUCUAUCUAUCUAUCUAUCUAUCUAUCUAUCUAUCUAUCCCAGUCUGUUCAUUAUCUAUCUAUCUAUCUAUCUAUCUAUCUAUCUAUCUAUCUAUCUAAUUCUCCUUCUAUUCUUACUACAUGCCAGCAUCUUAAUAUCUAUUUCAGUCUAUACUUAUCUAUCUAUCUAUCUAUCUAUCUAUCUAUCUAUCUAUCUAUCUAUCUAUCUAUCUAUUCUUACAACAUGCCAGCAUCUUAAUAUCUAUCUAUUUCAGUCUAUACUUAUCUCUCUCUCUCUCUCUCUAUCUAUCUAUCUAUACAUUAUCUAUCUAUCUAUCUAUCUAUCUAUCUAUCUAUCUAUCUAUCUAUCUAUUCCACCAAAUAUGUCAGGAGGUCGUUUAUUGAUGAUUGCACUGGAUGGCAGCGACGAUGCUGAUCAUGCACUGAACUAUUCAUACCGCCUCGCUCUCUCUCUCUCUCUUUCUCUCUCUCUCUCUCUCUCGCUCUCUCUCUCUCUCUCUCUCUCUGUGUCUUCAACAGACAAACAAUCCGGCACAAUUACUUUUGAAAUUCAUCGCUACUAUUAUUUGUUGUUUAGUUUAACACCUUGUGAUGCAUCUAAAGUUGUUAAUAGGGAUUUUCGCCCUCACCAUUGUCUUAAACGAAAUUUAUUUAGUAAAUAUCUAUCUAUCUAUCUAUCUAUCUAUCUAUCUAUCUAUCUAUCUAUCUAUCUAUCUAUCUCAAUCCAAUCAUAUCUAUCUAUCUAUCUAUCUAUCUAUCUAUCUAUCUAUCUAUCUCAAUCCAAUCAUAUCUAUCUAUCUAUCUAUCUAUCUAUCUAUCUCAAUCCAAUCAUAUCUAUCUAUCUAUCUAUCUAUCUAUAUAUCUCAAUCCAAUCAUAUCUAUCUAUCUAUCUAUCUAUCUAUCUAUCUCUACAAUGUCUCAAUAUAUCAUCUAUCAAUGUAUCUAUCACUCUGUUCACUAUCUAUCUAUCUAUCUAUCUAUCUAUCUAUCUAUCUAAAGACUGUUCAUUAUCUAUCUAUUUAUCUAUCGUAGUCUGUUCAUUGUCUAUCUAUCUAUCUAUCUAUCUAUCUAUCUAUCUAUCUAUUAGUCAGCAUUAA